AGCGUGAGAGGUGGGACAGUAAGCUGUUGAAGUUGAUUCUAUCAUGAAGUACUUAGCGUGUGCACUGCUCUCGUUGGCGCUGAUUCCGGCUUUGAUCAGCGCUUACCCCGGCACUGUGGUUGUAAAUGGUGUUUGCCUCACGUGUCCCAAUCCCCACGGAGAUCCAGUGUAUUUGGAUGGCCAGGAGUACCGCAGCUUCUCCUCACCCGACAGCAAUGGAAAUGUGGUCAUUUCACGAGGAGCAGGUGGAGGUGAAGGCGGAACUAUCUACCGGAGAGGCGGCAACACCAUCGUCAAUGGUCGCUGUCAACACUGCAAUGUGGAUGUCUAACCGCUAUGUCUAAGUGAACUCUUAUCUUUAGUAAAAAAA